AUGGACAUGAGUCACGUACAGCCCAUCAAGCUGGCUAGGGUCACCAAAGUACUGGGCAGGACUGGUUCAAAGGGACAGUGUAUGCAGACACACAUGGAAUUUAUAGAUGACACCAUCCAAAAUGUUAAAGAACCUGUGCAGGAAGGUGAUGUGCUCACUCUAGUGGAGUGA